GUCACGUGUGUAAAUAUUCGAAUAUAUAGUGUGAAGGGAAAAGUCAAAGCGACACGAAGUUUUCGAGCGCACACGGCUCGCCAAUCGCGGACGCGUCUGACAAUUCGCUAUUAAUAAAAUAGAUUUUUUUAUAUCGGCACUACUUCGCUCCUAAGUCAAUUUAUUUCAGUUGAAGAUAACGUCAGGUUCGCAUCACCGCAUACGCAGUGGUGCAGUUUACAAGUGCGAAUUUUGUGGUGGUAUUUUAUAUAUUUACUUUUUAUUAGUCCGUAAGUGCUGGUGCCAGGAAAAAUGGGUGGGAAGAAAACCUCCGUUCACGGGCAUCAGAAUAAAAAUUAUUUCACGCCAACAUUCGAGUCCCAAGAAGUCUUAACACACAAGGACAAGGAUAAUACGAUACAAUUGAAGGAUUUAAAAACAACCACAGACCAAACUCCCGACUAUGAUCCUUAUGAUUUUAGGGAUGUUACUCACCCCACAACAAAUGCCGAGACAUUACUACAUUUGCUUAAGGGCAGUCUCGGCACUGGCAUAUUGGCAAUGCCAUUGGCCUUUCUACAUUCGGGAUGGCUCUUGGGAAUCAUAGCCACAGCAAUCGUAGGAGUAAUUUGUACAUAUUGUAUACACUUAUUAAUAACAGCAGAGUACACACUUUGCAAAAGACGAAAAGUUCCUAGUCUAACGUAUCCAUUGACAGCGAAGUUCGCCUUAAUGGAUGGACCGCCGUUCUUCCAAAAACUGGCUCCCUUCGCAGGGCCUGCUGUAAAUGUAUUUUUAUUAAUAUAUCAACUGGGUACCUGUUGUGUAUAUACUGUGUUCAUAGCAGCCAACAUUAAAGAAGUAUGUGAUGUCCACAUUACGGAGUUGGACGAGAGAAUAUACAUGUUGAUAUUCUUAUUACCACUUAUACUCAUAAACUUCGUAAGGAAUUUAAAAUAUUUAGCUCCGGUUAUGACUGUUGCCAAUGUCAUUACACUUGCCAGUUUUGGGAUCAUAUUGUAUUAUUUAGCUAAAGAAGAUAUUGAUUUGUCUCAAAGGGAGGCGUUUGGAAAGAUUGCUGAUCUUCCACUUUACUUCGGAACAGUAUUAUUUGCUUUGGAAGCUAUUGGUGUAAUAAUGCCCCUUGAGAACGAAAUGAAAACGCCAAAAUCCUUUGGAGGCUGGUGCGGGGUGCUGAAUAUCUCCAUGGGCUCCAUAGUUACUAUGUACAUACUUAUGGGAUUGUUCGGUUACCUUGCCUACGGUGACGAUACACUAGGAUCCAUUACCCUCAAUAUUGGCAAAAAUUACGAGGACGAAAAAAUGAAAAUAGCUGCCGAUGUGGCAAAAGUAAUGUUGUCCUUGGCCAUAUUCUUCUCACACGCCCUUCAAAUGUAUGUCGCCAUCGACAUCACUUGGACGCAGUAUUUAGCCGCCAAACUCCAAAAAAGUUCCUUCCAAACGUAUUACGAAUACGUGGUCAGAGUCUGUUUAGUUCUAGUCACUUUUGCCCUGGCUGUUGCGAUACCUGAACUGGAUUUGUUCAUUUCCUUGUUCGGAGCUCUGUGUCUGUCCGCCUUGGGAAUCGCUUUUCCCGGCAUCAUUGACUUGUGUACAAACUGGGACAGCCUUCAUGGAACUAAGGGCGCGAUUAUCAUAAGUAAAAAUAUUUUCCUUAUAAUUUUUGCGGUAUUCGGUUUGAUUAUUGGCACGUAUACCAGUCUAGACAAAAUUAUUGAACGAUUCACGGAGUAAACCUUAACCAAAACUGAAAUGCCACAAACAACAAUGUGAUUUUAUUUAUAGAGAUAGUAUGAUAUAGUUGUAUAUUAUUUGUUAUUGUUGAAUACCUUAUGAGAUAAGCAAAUUGUUGCUGAAUGAUAAUGUCUUGUUAAAAUUGUCAAUAGAAUUAUAAUAAGAACCAUAUUGGUCAUACUACUAGUAAUAGUUACUCUCUUUUUAUUUGUAACUUAUACAUACAUAUUUAUUUAUUUCUAGUACAUAAUUGAAAAUGUAAACAUAUUUACUUUAUGUAUUGAUAAUUUUUCACAAGAGUUAACUUUUAUUUAUGAAAAAUAAGCGCUCAAAUUAUUGUAAAUAUUAUUAUAAUUUUCGCUGCGUUGAAAAUUAUAUAUUGUAGACUGUUAUUUUAGAACCAAUAAUAAUAAUAUAUUUAUAAAGUCAUAUAUUUUGUGAAAUACUUUUUAUUCCUAAAUAAAAAACAAUGACAUUAAAAUAUUUUUGUUUUAA